CUAUUUUGUCUACAUUCCCUCUAUAUAUGUCGCUGUUGUCUGAUAAAUUUCGCCGGCUCUGUAGAUGCAUGGGAGCCAUGACAGGGUUCAGAGUGCGGGCUGCUCUGCGCGUGCUCGCUGCUUUCUGGAGAUAAUACCGUACACACUGUCAUUUUACCCCGGAAUAUACGACUGGACAUUCUGUAGAGAAAAUAGCUCAUACCAUCUUUUUCUGAUAUAUUUAAUGAAUAUUACGCAAGCUGUUUUUCUUUAACUAUGGCAUCAUUUUGCAAUGGGAAAUGCGUAUACUACGUCUGUGUUUUCUUCACAUUCUACGCGAUGUGGAGCAGCGUCUGGGCCGUGACUCGUUACUCUGUUCCAGAGGAAAUGAAAGAGGGGUCAGUGGUGGCGAAUUUAGCGGCUGAUCUUGGACUCGAUGUUGGAAGUCUGACUGGACGUAAGGUAAAGCUUGAUAUCUUACAUAGCAAGAAGUAUUUGGACAUUAACAAAGACACUGGUGAAUUGUAUGUUCUAGAGAAAAUAGAUCGGGAAUACAUUUGCAACAUAAAAACUUCAUCGUGUUUUCUUAAAAUGGAUGUUACCUUGGAAAAUCCUAUUCGUAUAUUUAAUUUUGAAGUAGAAAUACUGGAUAUAAAUGAUCACGCGCCUCAUUUUCGGAAGGAAACCAUGCAUUUGGACAUUUCAGAAUCAACCUCAGUCGGUGAGAGGUUCUCUCUAAAUAAUGCAGUUGACCCGGAUUAUGGCUCAAAUUCAAUUAAAACAUACCAUCUAACUGAAAGCGAUCAUUUUAAUCUAGACAUUCAAACAGGAAGUGAUGGAUCUAAAUACGCAAAUCUGGUUUUAAAAAAGGCGCUGGACCGUGAAAAGAAAGCUUUGCAUAAUCUGAUACUUACCGCUGUAGACGGCGGAGUCCCUGCGCGUUCGGGGACCGCCAGCAUCAUUGUUCGUGUGCUGGACGUGAAUGACAACGCCCCUCAGUUUGAUCGCCAAGUUUACACUGUUAAUGUUACCGAGAACUCGCCUAUCGGGUCCCUUGUAAUGAAACUAAACGCCGAGGAUUUAGAUGAGGGUAGUAACGCAGAGAUUGUGUAUUCUUUCACACUUUACACGUCUGAAAAAACGCAGGAUUUGUUUUCUCUGAAUUCCAAUACGGGAGAAAUAAAAGUGAAAGGUGUGAUCGAUUUUGAGGAAAUAAAAACGCUUGAGAUGCACAUUCAGGCUCACGACAAAGGUUACAAUCAACUUUCAGGGCAGUGUACAGUAAUGGUGUUUGUUACUGAUGUUAAUGAUAACCACCCAACAAUCACCAUUACAUCUCUUAAGACUGCUGUAAAGGAGAAUGUUCCUUUAGGAACAGUUAUAGCACUGGUAGGAAUCGGUGACAGAGACUCAGGAGAUAAUGGUAUAGUCAACAUAACUAUAAAUCAGCAAUUACCUUUUGCAUUAAAUAAGUCAUCGGAUAAGGAUUUUGCACUCAUAGUAUCAGAGCCUUUGGAUAGGGAGAAAGUUUCAGAGUAUGACAUCACUUUCAUUGUCACUGACAGAGGCACGCCUCCUUUGUCUGAUAAUGAAACAAUUACUUUGGAGCUCCUGGACAUUAAUGACAACGCACCCCUAUUUCCAAAGUCAUUCUAUACUAUUCCUGUGAUGGAAAACAAUGCACCAGGAUCUUUGCUGAGUUCUGUGGCAGCAUUUGAUCCAGAUCUACAUGAAAACCAAUAUCUGGUUUAUUUCAUCUUAGAGAGGGAAAUAGCAAACACAUCCAUGUCUAUGUUAUUUUCUAUUAAUCCAGAAAAUGGUGAUCUUUAUGCACUAAAAACAUUUGAUUAUGAGAGAGAGAAGGAAUUUCUCUUUCAUAUCGAAGCCCGAGAUUCUGGAGUUCCUCCACUCAGCAGUAAUGUGACUGUCCAUAUCAUUAUUGUGGACCAGAAUGACAACACACCAGUUAUAGUGUCUCCAUGGAGCGCACUUGGCUCUGUGGUUGAGGAAGUGAUUCCAAGAUCCAUUGAUAAAGGACACCUGGUUUCCAAAGUUAUCGCCAUUGAUGGAGAUUCUGUGCACAACUCUCGGAUCACAUACCAGUUCCUACAACUUACGGAUGCUACACUGUUCAGUCUGGACCAAUACAACGGGGAGAUUCGGACAAUGAGAAUGUUCAGCUACAGAGAUGCUCGUCACCAGCGCAUGGUUGUUCUAGCCAAAGACAAUGGAGACCCUGCUCUCUCUGCCACCGUCACCAUCAAGUUAUCCACUGUGGAACAGGCUGUCAAAAUCUAUUCUGACACCAUGGAGGUACCUUUGGAAUACGACAUCUUCUCAGACCUAAACCUCUACCUGGUGAUCAGUUUGGGUGCAGUUUCAUUUCUCUUGUUAAUGACAAUAUUGGUCACCAUCAUGCUGAAGUGCCAGAAACGAAAGCCCACCAAACCGGCUGAUUGAUUUCCAUAGUCUUUUGUUUGUAUUGUUAUAUAGGUUUAUUUAUUAGUUUCCUUAGGUCCUUUUCUGACAAAAUCUGAGGGUUUUAGAUGAUCCAGUCUUAUCUGUGGUCCAGUCUAGUCUGUGAUCCAGUCUAAUCCGGGAUCCAGUUGUCUCUCUCUACUCUUUUCCAGUAGAAGUUGUUACUGUGGGUUUUAGAAUGAUCACAUGAAUGUUUAAUUAGGUCACCAAGCUCAAUGUCAAAGUUAUACAGUAGCACCCUCUCCAUUGGUGCAAAGGUACCCUGAAAUCUCAAUAAUUCCAACAUCCAUUACCGUGUUUUUCAUUAGUACAUGGCAUUUUUCUUUAUCUUCAAUCACCAUUUUUAUGUUCUAAUGGCUUGAUUUGUUAACUAAACAGACAGACAAACUGAUUAUAUUCAUCCCCAGACCCAGAGAAACUGGGUUAUCCUGAUCAAAAUGAGGUCAUCAGCAUGUCCCGUGGUGUUUGUCAGUUUCCUGCUUUGGUGCAGGGACUCCUGAGUCGUGGCCAAACCAUUUUCUCAGAGUAAUAGUGCUGAGAUUCUGUGCUCAGAAGCAUGAAAUGUGGAAAAAAGUGGAUGUUUUUUUCAUGAGAUAAGAGCAACAUUUUCUGAUUGUUUCAACAGAGGACUUACUAAUGUAAAAAUACAUGUUGUGGUACUGUCAGAAAUUGUUUUGUAUGCGUCAUGUUUUACUUUAGCAUUAAAAUUUAAAGGACACUUUGGUGUUUCUAACAAAAGAUACAGGGAGAGCACAGAAUGAAGCAAAACAAGUGUUUCAAUGAUUGUUGGACUAAUAUAUGAUUAUACAAAUAUUUGAACCACUUUUUAUGUUCUUUUUUCACUUAAUUUGAAUUUACAUGCACAAUUAAACUAAAAGUGCAACUACUUUGUAUUUAAAACAUUUCUUUUGUUUAUGCUGGUUAUUUUAAGUUGAUUAUUAAAGAUAGAACAUUAAAGCAUACCUAGUAGGUGUAUAUAAUCCAAAUGCAUCACUCCGAUGUUACUUGAAAGCUCUACUGUUAUGUUUAUUAUUGCUUUCUGCAGUCCAGUACAUGUGGGCAUGUUCAGUUGCACUGUCAGGUCAACUAUAAUCCCAGUUGCUGUGACUUCUUGCAAAAUGUAAUGGGCUGUCUAACAUUAUACAGCAUUGUUUUGUGGAACUUUUUAUGUUCACAAUGUAAAAGGUAAGUUUACUUCCCAUCUGUUUUGGUUUGACCCAUAUGGUAUUUUCUCAGAUGUUCCCUCCGGGUUCUGUUCCACAGGUUCCCUUUCUUCACUGCAGAGAUUUUUUUUUCUGCACUUGUGGUUAAAUGGGAAGUUUGUCUACUGGGAUCUGACAACAUGUUGGUUUCCCCCUCUUUGCUUUGGGUGAUAUUGUCCACUGAGCCUCAUUCAAACAGUGACCAGAAAACCAGAGAGGCUCCUGCACAUGAACUAAGAUCCCUUUGUUACUGUUGUAAUGUGAAUAUUAAAAUCAUCUUUUCUUUUUCUGU